GAUUCUUGCGUACUAUACGCUUGACGGAGUUCUUUCUUAAUAAAGUAAAGUUUGUAGUCGCUUUGUAAAGUUUUAUUGUGCUCAGGAGUUUUAAAAUAGUGAUCUCAAAAUGGACGAAUUUGAAACAAUAAUCCGUUCAGAAUGGCUAAGUCUUCAUAAAUUAUCAGUCAACGUGAAAUCCUUGAUAAUCACUAUCAAAAAUAAACUACAGAGAAACACUAUUAAGGAUGAUAUAAAUUAUACAUCACAAUUUUCAUCAACUGACUCAAUCUUUAAAAAAACUAGAAGAUCAACUGUAAAAUUUUCAACGCUGAAACUGCGUAAUCCACAUAGGACCUUCCGUCGGAAAAAAGUUACUACCAAUUUUCAACGUGGUAAUUCUAAUUCAUUUCGUUUACACGCAAAGGAAAAUGUCAAAUCUAAACAAGAUAUAGAUAAAUUCACUGAGCAGCUGAACACAAUACGUCUACAUGAAGCACAAACUUCUGGUCCAUUUUGUACUGAUAGACUUUCAAAUGAGAUAUACUUAAUCGACACCGGUGCGUAUCGGAGUUUUUAUCCUAUAUCUUUUCUACCAGAACGUCGUUUAUCUGAUCCAAACUCGAGUAUUAAAGCAGCGAAUAAGACCAAAAUUAUAACCUACGGUACCAUUAACAAGGAACUAGACUUAGGGUUAGGACAAAUUUUUAAGUGGGAAUUUCUAGUCGCCGAUAUUGAAAGACCAAUCAUUGGUGAUGACUUCAUAGUUCAUUACGACAUUAUUAUACACCGUAAAAAAAAUAAGAUUUUAAUUGCGGAUGAUUUCAUGAGUUGUUUGUAUGAGUACACACAAAAAUAUCAUAAAAUAUGUAAUAAAUUUUUAGACGUUUUUAAAUUUUUGUUAAUAUUGAUUAUCAGUGUUGUAUAUUUUAUUUUAAAAGUGGAAUUUUUUCUGAAAAGCUUCACUUAUGAAAACAUUGAAAUUCAAUGUAGUUAUUAGUAGUAAAUAGUUCUAAUGAUAAUUACUUAUUAAAAAGUAAUGUUUUAAAUCUACUGUGUAAAAAAUAAAAUUUUCACUAUUUUUACGUAAAAUUCACUUUUUUCCAGUGAAUUAGUUGAUCAAUGGGAAAAACAGUGAAAAUUUAACUAUUUCAAGUUUAGAGAGUAAGGUUCGCCUUAAUAGGACAAAUCUGACGAGUUCCUUAUCAGUAAGAAUUUUAAAAAUUUCACAGAAGUCAAACUUGUAUUAAUGAAAUAUGUUUAAUUUUUAUGUAUUGAAGGAUCAACGGUUACUAUUUUAUCUUUUUAAUGCAUAACGCAAAACUCAAACAUAAAACAGUCGAGUCGCGUUAUGAACCCGCCUACAGGGCUGUGGGAGAAUAUAAUUCUAAGAAUUCCUGUACCCCCACUUCUGCUCAGUAGUCAACAGUAAUUGUGUUAAGCUGUUUUUACUAAAGUUAAAUGACCGAUUGAUAAAAUACUAUAUCAGUAAAACGUAAAAUAAGAAUUAUUCCAAUUAUGAAUUAAAAUUAUAUGUGGUACUUACGAGGAUGACGAAACUUUGCAUACGUAUUUAUAAUAUGUAAACUUUGAUGUAUUUAAUAAAUAAAAAAAGAUACGU